GUGAGGCAGAAUGUGACAGGCCUGCAGUGGAUGGGCAGUGAAAGCUGGACAACAUUUGUUGUCCUCCAGACUCCCCGCCUCAUGCCAUAUCUGGGUGGAACACUGACCAUGGCCAUCCGCCGAGGAAACAUACCAGGGCUCAAAGACUUCCUGUUACAAAUCCAUCCUGACUUAAACUACAACAACAGCCAUGGAAACAGCAUUGUAAAUCAGUUUUGGGAACACACAUUUCAUUGUAGAUUUGCACCACCUCCAGCAGGUUGGGUGGAAGCUGGGGGAGCAUUAUGCACUGGACAGGAAGAUCUAAAGAGUGUGGAGACUGAGUUCUUUGACAUUUCAGACCUCAGGCCAGAGUAUAAUGUGCACAAGGCUGUAUAUGCUCUGGCAUAUGCCCUUGAUGACAUGCUGCAGUGUGAGCCAGGGAGAGGGCCUUUCAGUGGGAACAGCUGUGCCAGUUUUCAAAGCCUGGAGCCAUGGCAGCCACCCCGGUCAGUGUGCAGUGAGAGCUGUCCUCCAGGUACCCGCAUGGCCAGAAAGAAGGGGCAACCUGAGUGUUGUUUUGACUGCAUCCCUUGUUCUGAGGGAAAGAUCAGCAAUAAAACUGACUCCAUGGAGUGCACCAGUUGUCCAGAGGAUUUCUGGUCCAGUCCCCAGCGUGACCACUGUGUUCCUAAAACAACAGAAUUCCUCUCCUAUCACGAUCCUCUGGGUAUCUUCUUGACAGCCACCUCACUGCUGGGAACAGUUGUCUGUGCUAUUGUCCUUGGGAUCUUCAUCUAUCAUCGCAGCACACCUAUAGGACAAUUUCAUCUAAAUGGGAUGCACAAAGCAGGAGAUGUUAUUCUUGGUGGGCUGUUUGACAUCCACUUCUUUUCUACUCAUCCUGACCUGUCUUUUACCUCAGAGCCAAGACAGCCUACUUGUCAUGGUUUUGAUGUUGUAGGUUGUAGGCUGGCCCUGACCAUGGCCUUUACCAUUGAUGAGAUCAACAGAAACUCCAACCUGAUACCUAAUGUGACCCUGGGAUACAGUCUGUAUGAUAACUGCAACAAACUAGGUGUUGCAUUCCGUUCAGGAUUAUCAUUACUCAGUGGUCAAGAGGAGCAAGUCAUAUUACAUGAGACCUGUAUAGGAACCCCUCCAGUCCUAGGAAUUGUGGGUGAUUCCUCCUCUACACGCUCUAUUGCCAUCUCCACUGUCUUAGGUUUGUACAGAGUGCCUUUGGUGAGUUAUUUUGCCACAUGUUCCUGCCUGAGUGACCGGCAAAGGUUUCCAUCCUUCUUUAGGACAAUCCCAAGUGAUGCUUUCCAGGUGCGUGCUAUGAUUCAAAUUCUAAAACACUUUGGCUGGACUUGGGCAGGUCUGCUGAUCUGUGAUGAUGACUAUGGACUCAACGCUGCCCGAUCCUUCCAAUCUGACCUGGGUCCAUCUGGUGGAGGUUGUCUGGCCUACACAGAGAUUUUGCCCUGGGGAAAUGACCCAUCUGAACUAAAGAGGAUUGUGGAUGUGAUGAAGAAAUCCACAGCUCGUGUGGUCAUUGUGUUAGCAUAUGAGAGUCACAUGAUUAACCUCAUGGAAGAGGUGGCGAGGCAGAACCUGACAGGCCUGCAGUGGAUGGCCAGCGAAGGUUGGACAUCAGCUGCUACACUCCAGACCCCCCGCCUCAUGCCGUACCUGGGUGGAACACUGGGCAUUGCCAUCCGUCGAGGAGAAAUACCAGGGCUCAAAGACUUCCUGUUACAAAUACGUCCUGACCUACACCACAACAACAGCUAUGGAAAUAACAUGGUAAAUCAGUUUUGGGAAUACAUAUUUCAGUGUAGAUUUGCACCACCUCCAGCAGGUUGGGUGGAAGCUGGAGGAGCAUUAUGCACUGGACAGGAAGAUAUAGAGAAUGUGGUGACUGAGUUCUUGGACAUUUUAAAUCUCAGGGCAGAGUACAAUGUUUAUAAGGCUGUAUAUGCUCUGGCAUAUGCCCUUGAUGACAUGCUGCGCUGUGAGCCUGGGAGAGGGCCUUUCAGUGGGCACAGCUGUGGAAAUUUGCAAAGACUGGAGCCAUGGCAGUUUGUAUAUUACUUGGAAAAAGUCAACUUCACCACAUCAUCUGGCGAUCAAGUGUCAUUUGAUGAGAAUGGUGAUGUUUUACCAAUAUACGAUAUCAUGAACUGGCAGUGGCUUCCUGAUGGAAGAACUAAACUUCAGACUGUGGGUGAGGUUAAGAAGUCAGCCUUCAAAGGUGAAGAACUCACACUUGAUGAAGACAAAAUCUUCUGGAACUUUGAAUCCAAACAGCCACCACGGUCAGUGUGCAGUGAGAGCUGUCCUCCAGGUACCCGCAUAGCCAGAAAGAAGGGGGAACCUAAAUGUUGUUUUGACUGCAUCCCUUGCUCUGAGGGAAAGAUCAGCAAUAAGACUGACUCCAUGGAGUGCAGCAGUUGUCCAGAGGAUUUCUGGUCCAGUCCCCAGCGUGACCACUGUGUUCCUAAAACAACAGAAUUCCUCUCCUAUCAUGAGCCUCUGGGAAUCUUCUUGACAGCCACCUCACUGGUGGGAACAUUUGUCUGUGCUAUUGUUGUUGGGAUCUAUAUCUAUCAUCGCAGCACACCUAUAGUACGUGCCAACAAUUCUGAACUUAGUUUCCAGCUGUUGUUGUCACUUAAACUAUGUUUCCUAUGUUCGCUGUUAUUUAUCGGCCGUCCCACAGUAUGGACAUGCCAGCUGAGACAUGCAGCAUUUGGGAUCAGCUUUGUGCUUUGUGUCUCAUGUAUCCUGGUGAAAACCAUGGUGGUUCUGGCUGUGUUCAAGGCCUCCAAGCCAGGAGGUGAAACCACUCUGAAGUGGUUUGGUGUUUUACAGCAGAGAGGGACAGUUCUUGUUCUUACUUCUAUUCAAGCCACAAUCUGUACUGCCUGGCUUCUCUCUUCCUCACCAACACCUCAUAAAAACUUGCAAUACCACAUUGACAAGAUAAUUUAUGAGUGUGUAGUUGGGUCCACAGUUGGUUUUGCAGUGUUACUUGGUUAUAUUGGUUUAUUGGCUAUCCUCAGUUUCCUGUUAGCAUUUCUGGCAAGGAAUCUUCCAGACAACUUCAAUGAGGCCAAGCUCAUAACUUUCAGCAUGCUGAUCUUCUGUACUGUGUGGGUGGCAUUUGUCCCUGCUUAUAUUAGCUCACCAGGCAAAUAUGCAGAUGCAGUGGAGGUAUUUGCCAUCCUGGCCUCCAGUUUUGGCCUCUUGGUGGCACUGUUUGGACCUAAGUGUUAUAUAAUCUUGCUGAGACCAGAGAGGAACACAAAGAAAGCUAUCAUGGGCCGAGGCAUCAAGUCAUAAAAUUAUACAAGUCCCCCAUCUUAACUGCCAGUGGAGGUUCUUAGUCCCUCCUCUCUGAUAUGACCCAUAGGAGUGUAUGUUUGACAGGACAUACUAUGAUUAACUGUUAAAAAUCAAUUUUGACAAUAAAAAGCUCACCUUUU